AGUUAAGCAAAACUUUCAACAAAAGCAGAAUUUUGAAAUGCCCUCUGUCCUCUGACUCAGCACAGCAGUCUCUUUCUUCCAUUCUUCCAUAAUCCAUCCUCUUGAAACGCUCUCUCCCCCGAUCGAAAGACCUCCUACAGUCCUAUCGAUUCCGCUCUCUCCAAAUUCAUCUCCUCAGUGGCUCAGUCCUUCCUCCUCAUUUCAUCGACUUUGAUUUUCGUGAUUUCUUACCCGAUCGAUUUCAUCAGACGUUUCCCAACCACUAAGAGCCACAGUGGUGAAAGAGAUGCCGGGGAAGGAGAUGCUUGAUACAGGGCGUGAUAAGCCAGAAAAAUGUUAUUCGAAAAUUGAGCAAUUCUUGAAGGAUCGUGGAUGUGUCGCUCUACAUCAUCCUAAACUGGAUUGCGUUGGGGGGAUAGACAAUGCUUACAAAGAGAUCGAUGCUAAGAUUAUCGAAGGGGAGUGUAAAUGGAUACGUGAUUGUGUGUGGUUUAAUAGUGUUUGCAUUCAGAUUCCCAUAACGUUUCAAGAGUCGAAGAAGCCAGGGGAUGCUGUGCCCCAACUCUCAUCUUAUCCUAAGCCAGGUUGCCCCGGGGGUUUCUCUUACCUUGGCAAGCUUCUGCAACGAAUCAUUACUGGAUAUCUGCAGUCUACGAAAGUCAAAGAACGGAGCUGGCGUUUGGCUCAACUCAGUAUCCUACCUGAAGUUCGUUCUCAAGACCAUUAUAAAACAUGUGUCUUCUUUGCUGUCAUCGGGGCUGUUGAGGGGCGCUACCGGUUGUGGAUGAUUAUGAACAAAGCUGAUCAUGUGACAGUACCUCAGUUGUCUGUGCAAGAUGGUAUUUAUGGCACUAAGCAAGUGCCUAUAGACCCUGCCAUAUUUUUCAAUUGGAUCGUUGAACAUGGCGUGGUUCCUGAGUCUGACUGCCCAUACACUGGAUUACCUCAAGGAGGGCAUGCUCUUGAGGAGGGUCGGCUUUCAGUGGUGAAUGGCUAUCGCAUUAUAAACCCGGGGGAAGAGAGUGCUGAAAAUAUUGUAGCGGAGAUCAUGGAAGGAGGACCCAUUGUGGGGAUCCUUUUAUACGAACCAGAUUGGCAUGCAGUAUCAUUUCUGCAUGCAGUCAUGCUAAUUGGUGGCGUUUAUAAAGAUGAACGCGUGGAUAAGUAUGUGAUACAGAACUCCUGGGGCCCUGACUGGGAAGAGGAUGGUAGAGGAUUAGUGCCCAUUUCAGACCUUGUUGAAGCUUAUGUUCCUGUCUUGGCUGAGCAUGUGAUGAGCAGGGAACUACUAAAGGCUGAUUCAGCACUGUCUUGCAGCAUGUGAUGAGCAGGGAACUAAUAGAGGUCUCUGUUUUUUUUUUUUAUUGAGACUUAAUUAUUGUCUUUUUCAAUUUGUGCUGGAGUUUUUUCUCAAUCCUCAGUUGUGAUUUAGUUUUUAAGAAUCACGUGUUAUUUAUGGAAAUUUUUAUUGGACUAUUUACUCAAUAGUCAGUGGAACAGGCUCUGCCUGAAAGAUUCAUGAGUGUAGCUGGAUAAAUAUUUGUAAGAAUGGAUGAUGACCAUGAAUGCUUACAGCUUUACGGUAUUAGAGUGAAUAAAGACUGCAUUUUCAGAUUGUACUUCU